CUAACUCCACUGUGACGGAUGUUCACUUGGCUGCGAUGAAGCUACUUAAUGAAAGGUCAAGGUUAGCAGGAGCUUAAAACAAAGCGUUGAGGGAUCUGCAGGUCCCAGACCCCAGUGGAAGCACAACCUAAACAUCUUAACAUGAAGCUGCUGAUGUUUCCAUGCUUGAGUACAGUGGCAUUUACAAACCUUCAUCAUCUGUCUUUAACCUCAGCAGAAAGUGUAACGUUUUGUUUGCCAUGUCGUUUUCUUCUCGAACUGCAGAUUAUCAUUAUCUGUUUGGUUUGACAGCAGGAAGCCAUGAACAUGUGAAAAAGACAUGACUUUAACAGUAGCUGAGUGGCAGGAGUCAAAUAAGGAACAUGAGUCUUUAUCAAACUUCCUGCAACUGCCAAAUUAGAGACACACGCACACACAGUUUAUUCCCACUAUAUCUCCACCCACUACAAAUGCAGUUCAGUUCCUUUCAGUCCUACUUUCUGGAGCUGCGCUCUUUUCUACAAUGCAGCUUGUUCUCUUCCUCGUGUCCUACAUUGCCGUCGCUACAGCGAUGGAUCGUUGCCAUAGCGACAGGGACAAGGACCACCGACCAAGGGAGAACUGCACCAGCGCCGGGUUCGGACACGUACCGGAAGGAUUCGAACUAAAGACCAAGGUUCUUCUGUUUCCCAGGAACCGGUUCACCAGCCUCUCCUGGUCCUCCUUCCAGAUAUUUACAGAGAUCUAUGAGAUCGAUCUCACAGGAAACCAGGUUCCCGAGGUGACCCCCAGUCUGGGUCCAAUCCUGCCCAGCCUCAGUGUCCUCCGGCUGGGGUCCAACCUUCUGACGUCUCUGUCCGACGGCUCCUUCUCAGCCUGUCCUGCUCUGACUGAACUCUACCUGGAAAACAACUUAAUCAGCUCCCUGAGGGACCACACCUUCACUGGACUGAGCAAACUGGAGAUCCUGGACCUGUCUUCCAAUCACAUUAGCGUGCUUCCCAGGGUCAUGCUUCACCCUCUUCCUGCCUUAGAAACCCUCUACCUGGAGAGCAACAAGAUCAAGGUGAUGCCAGAUGAUUGGUUCAUGAAGAAGGAGGAGGUGCCUUACCUCUACCUGUCCAUCAACCCCUGGACCUGUAACUGUUCCCUGAAGUAUUUGCACAAAUACCUUAAUGAUUACGAGUUCAACGUCUACGUCCGCGAUGGCCCGAUCAUCAAUAGCGAUGCAGAGAGCGUGGUGUGUGAGUCUCCACAGCUCCAUAAAGGCAAAGCUGUAAUGAGUCUGGACGAAUCUGACCUGUGUUCAAAGGAAACCCCCGACAGCGACGCUUCACACGUCGUUACAGCUGUUUACAGAGACGUGCGUACGUGGUCCUGGUAUCGGACCUUCACUCUCAUGGAAGCAGCUCACCAUUCAGCAUCACUGAGCAGAGGAGAUGGCUCACGUUCCCUGAAUGCUCCUCUAAUGGGUUCUAUUACCAGCAUAACAGAACGUCCUGGAACCACCAUGAUUAUUCCUCCUGAACCUGCAACAUCCAAAUCAACUGCACCAACAGCUGAACCAAGACCAUGGGAAACCCCACAGAUCCCCAGUAAGACCACCACUAUCCCCAGUAAGACCACCACCAUUCCCACCAAGACCACAACCACCGCCAGUAAAACCACCACCACCAAGGGCAUCGCCACUAUGGCUGCCACUGUUUCCACUAAGAUCACCACCACCACCUCCAGUAAGGCCACCACCUCCAGCCCCUCACUGGGUGGGAGCGUCACCGCUGCUGAUCGCUGGGCUAGAACUAGAGCCCACAGAGCUGCAGCAGCUUUCUGCUUCUGGCUCUUCGUCGUGUGCCUCCUGCUGUGCAUCACGUCAGCAGCCUGCGUCGCGGUGACGGGCGUCUGGCUGUGGAUGUGGUACAGGAGGGUGUACAGGCCACGCAGCAAGGUCCAGGCCAGGAGGGGGGUAGGAGGAGAGAGAGUGGAGCUGUUAACACUCAACAAGGAAGAGAAGGAAGCAACAGGAGGCGUGAAGGCGCUCUAUCGCUCUGUUCUGUAUGUUCAUAGAGAAGAAGAGGCGGCUGAGGAGAAGGAAGCAGAUGGAGGCAAAGAACAAGUCCUCGUCAAUCUGCAGCCAACAGCAGCAGAAGGAGCAACGAGGGGGGGGGAGACGAGGGUGUACAGGAAGACGCUUUACCGCCUGAUAAGCAAAGAGGAAGCGAUAGAAGCAUGGAGGGUGAUGGAGGAGUGUCGGGUAUCUGCAGAGGAAGCAGGGAGGAAGGUCGGGGGCGAAGGGGGAGCGAGGGGGGGAGGGGCUUCAAAGAGGAGCUACAGUGUAAUUCUGAGAGAAGAGAGGGAGGAGGCAGGAGGAGCGAGGCAGGAGCUGGACUGGGUGGUGGGAGGAUGGGAGGUGAAGGAGGCGGAGCCCAGGAGCAGCUGGGGGGAGUGGCUGGCAGGCUUCCUACCCAGCAUGCCGUGGGGGGAGGCCACGCCUCCUGAGGACGGGGCCGCUCUUUGACUGUGAAGCGUAAAACUCAGCUUGUUCUUAAAUCUGUAUUUAUCAGUCAGUUUAUCUAUAAAUUGUUUAUGAUGCCGAGAACAAGCACGUUGUCUCACGCAAUAUGAAAGCACAACAGAAUAAAGACUGUGAACUUAAUGUCUAGUAUGAAAUCUGUGGCCACAGCACAAAACCAGUCUGUGUUUGAAUGGAGUUAGACUUUGUUAAUAAAGAUACGAACAGAGAAUAAAA